AUGUCUCAAAUUAGACAUUGCCAAAUAUGCAAUACUGCUCAUAAUUUCAGUGUUAAAGGUCUUUUGUCCUAUCCUAAACACUUUGAUGACAAAACUAUCCACAAAUACUAUUAAAGAUUGAUGAAAAAGAUCGAGGAACACAACAUCUAAUAAAUUCCAUUUUCAAACGAUCACAUAUGUUAUCAAAUAGAAAAUGACAUUUGUGAAAAUUGCUGGUUGUUCAUGCAUCAAGGAUUCUACUGCAAUAAGUGCUAAAUCUAUAAUCAUAAUAAUGAAAAUGAAUAUAAGAUUUGUAUGUUGUGCAAUGUAUAAUAUUGCAUAAAUUGUGAAAACACUUUGGAAUUAUUCUCCCAAAAUAAAUUAUGUCGAACCUGUGAAUAUAAUAAGAAUGAAUCAUUAGGAACACCAAGCUUUCUAAUUUCCUUUUUCAUAUCUUUACUUAUUCCAUGUUUUGCAUGUAGUUUCUUUUUUAAAAAAAUGAUGAAGACAGUGGAAAAAUUUCACUAUACUACUUCCUAAUACACUUUCGCUAUGAUCACCUUUGUAAUAAUAUUCCCAUUCAUUUACUUUCUAUCAAUCAUUGGUUUCGUGGCCCUAUUGAUCUUCAAAGUACUUGUAUGGAUUUUUCAAAUUAUGCAAAGCUUUAAGAAAGUUAGAAUGAUCUCUGAUUAUCUACAUUAAUUCUCACACUUUCUAUAUAAGUGCUGUUAAUUAAAUUAUAUUAUUGGUAAUCCUUUUAUGAAUAAAUUUUUAAAUCUAAGAAAACCGUCAGUAUAUUUCAUAUUAGGAGUAGGACCUGGCUCAGGUAAGGGUACAUAAGGUGAACUAUUAAGUAAAAACCUAAAAUUUGCACAUUUGUCUGCCGGAUAAUUGCUAAGAGAUGCUAUAACAAGUAAUUCGGAGCACAAGAGUACAAUUGAAAAUUGUAUAAAUAAUGGAGUUAUUGUUCCUAGUCAUGUAACCAUUAAUUUAUUGGAUAAAGCCAUUUUUGAAAACUAAAGUUCUGAGUCUUUUCUAAUAGAUGGAUUCCCCAGGAAUUACGAGAAUAUGCAAUGUUGGAUAGAUUUGAUGGAUCACAAAAUUACUUUUAAGAGUGUUAUUCAUAUUCUGUGUUCAAGAUAAUCUAUGAUCUCAAGAAUAUAGGAGAGAUCAAAAACAAGUGGAAGAUCAGAUGACAAUUUAUAAAUUUUAGAAAAGAGAUUUGUUACUUUUGAAAAUGAUACUUAGAAAAUAAUAGAACAUAAUAGAAAUCUAAAUUAGUUGAUUGAAAUUGAUGGAGACAAUUCCAUAGAAAAAGUGUAAGCAUAAAUAUUAGAGUUAUUUAAUAAAAGCCUGAUUCAUUGAAGAAAUUCGACAAUUAUAUUUUAUGAAAGAAAUAAGUUGAAAUUUAGAACAGACCACUAAA